AUGCUAACAAUAGCUAAAGCUAAUCGUAACCAAAAGACACAAUCCUACGGUAACAAUCGUUCUCAAAGAGGUCGAACUAGUGGGCGUAGAGGACCGUGGGAAGGAUUUCCGAAUUGGCCGGGUAGAGAGGAAGAUUAUAUAGCCGAUAAUUGGAGGCGUAAAUGUGCGAAAUAUGACAUAGCCAGUUCAGUUAAAAGUUACAUUACCGGAGGUAUCAAAGCCGAGAUGAAUAUGUUUCCCUAUUUAGUGGGUCUACUAAUGUACCAGCCACCGAGAGUAUAUCAAUGUGGUGGAACUUUGAUAACAGAACGUUAUGUUUUAACAGCAGCUCAUUGUUUGUACAGAACUAUUGAGGCUCGGGUGUAUUUAGGUUCGUAUAUAUAUGCCGAUGCUGGAACUGCGGCUGCUGUAUACAAUGUCACUGCCCGUGAUUUUAUCAUACAUGAACGUUAUGGUCUUCAGGGUUUUAAUGAUGAUAUAGCUUUGAUAAAUCUUCAAAAGCCGGUCACUUUAACGGAUAAAAUAAGGCUAAUAACUUUAGCUCCCAGCUAUAUGACUCAAAUCUAUUUACAAGGUGAAAUUGUGACAGCCGCUGGUUGGGGUCGUAUUAGCGACAAUAAUACCAAAUUAAAUGUGGAACUUUAUUAUACGGAUACUCGCGUCAUAGGCUAUGAAAAGUGUAUGUGUUAUUAUUUGCCUGGAUUGGUGAGUAGACGGGCACAUAUAUGUGCCGACGGUACCGGAGGUCGUGGCAGUUGUGAUGGUGAUUCGGGUGGACCUUUGGUGUUUAGACACAAAGAUAUGGAUUAUCAAGUGGGAGUGACAGCUUUUGGUAGUGCGGGUGGUUGUGAAAUUGGCUUUCCCACGGUAUACUCUAGAAUAACCAACUAUUUGAGUUGGAUUUCCCGGAAAACUGGUUUAAAGUUGCAAUAA